AUGAAUUUGACAUUGUUGUCUGAUUCAGAAUCGGAUUAUUUCCAAAAUGUCAUAUCCGAUACCAUUAAGAACCUGGAGAAUCCCAAAAGUAAGGUUGAGUACGGGACUGCUGGUUUUAGAACCAAUGCAGAUCUUCUGGAUCAUGUCAUGUAUAAGAUGGGUCUUUUAGCAGUGUUGAGAUCAAAGUUAAAGAAAGCUGCCAUAGGACUAAUGAUUACUGCCAGUCACAAUCCAGAACCUGAUAAUGGUAUCAAACUUGUGGACCCAGCUGGUGAGAUGCUGGAAACUUCUUGGGAAACAAUUGCAACAGAUUUGGCUAAUGCAGAAUACAGUAGUUUGAAAGAAAAAUUGAAGCAUAUAUGUGCAAAUGAAAACAUUGAUUUAUCUGUACCAGCUACAGUAAUAAUAGGAAGAGACACUCGCAAAACUAGUCUUAAACUGCUAGAACUCGCCAGCAGAGGAGUUGAAGCAUUGAACGGUACUGUUAUAAAUCUAGGAUUAGUCACAACUCCACAACUGCAUUACACUGUAGUGUGCACUAACACCAAUGGUGCAUAUGGCGAGCCCACAUUACAGGGAUAUUAUUUGAAACUCGCAACGAUGUUUAAGAACGUGAGAGGUGUUGAAAGAAAUAAUAAAAACUAUACAAAUGUGAUACGACUAGAUGCUGCAAAUGGCGUCGGUGCAAUAGCUGCGAAAGAAUUUCAGAAACACUUAGAAGGUUCAUUGGACAUCGCUAUAUUUAACGAUGGAAGCGAGCAGUUGAAUCACAAAUGUGGUGCGGACUACGUCAAGGUGCAGCAAGUGAUGCCCAUGAACCUCCCAUGCGAGAUGAAUGUCAGAUACGUUAGCGUGGAUGGAGAUGCUGAUAGAGUUGUGUACUUUUACGUGGACAAGAACAACAAGUUCCAUUUAAUGGACGGAGACCGAAUAGCGACGUUAAUAGCGGCCUAUAUUAAGGAACUGCUGGAAAGCAGCGGUUUGCCUUUGCGCUUGGGUUUGGUACAGACUGCGUAUUCCAACGGCGCAGUGACCAAUUACAUCACGCAAACGUUGAGAUUACCGGUGAAGUGUGUGUCGACCGGUGUAAAGCACUUGCAUAAGGAAGCGAAGAAUUUCGACAUCGGAGUCUACUUCGAGGCAAAUGGACACGGCACCGUGCUCUUCAAGGAUAGCGCCAAACGAGUUAUACGCGAACACGUCGAGAAUGCGAAUCUGCCGGAGCCGCAGAGAGUAGCUACAGCAAAGCUGAGGGCCGUGAUCGACAUGAUAAAUGAGACAGUUGGCGAUGCUUUCAGCGAUAUGCUGUUGGUUGAAACUAUAUUGCACGCUAGAGGCUGGGACGUCGCUGACUGGAAAAGAACUUACGACGAAUUCCCGAACAAGCAGCUUAAAGUUCAAGUUCUCGACAGGAAUGAUGUGACUACGAUGGAUGCAGAGAGAUUGUGUCUGACUCCGGUUGGUUUGCAAGAGGAAAUUGACAAGAUUGUAUCUAAAUAUAAAAAAGGACGAUCUUUUAUCAGGCCGUCUGGGACUGAGGAUGUGGUGCGGAUUUAUGCGGAAUGUGAAGACGCUUUGCAAGUUAACAAAUUAGCUGUGGAAGUGGCCGGACUAGUGUACGAUUACGCGGGUGGUCGUGGAGAGAGAGCUAGCUUAGAUAAACUUUGAUAAGAUUAACUUCGCGAUUAUGAAGGCGAGCUGCAUGUACGAACAGUAUCGAUUUUAUACACGGAUGUUGAAUAAUAGUUCCCUAUAAAUUUACGUUACUAAUGUUAACAUAUGAUGAAUAGUUUAUCGCUGAGAGGUGUCGGGAAUAGAAAUGGAUUUUAAUUAUU